GUGGCCGCGGGUUGAAGAAGCCUCUGCGCGAUCUCCUGACAUACAACGGAAAACGUCCAGUGCUCACACGACUGUUGAGACUGAGAGGUGAAAAAUCAUGGGUAGCUGGAAUUCAUGAAACUGCCAACAUGUCUUCAAUCCUAGGACUCCCAACCCAAUAUUCAGAUGUAACAGUCCUCAUAAGCAGCGUCCACUUGCAUUCCCUUUGUGUGCUCGUGGAGUUCUGGGGGAAAUUUAGUGAGGAGAGGACAGCAGAUUAUGAGUGCCUUGCCAGAGAGAUUCAAUCUCCUGGAAACACAUUUCAAGAGUUUGAAGGAAAUCCUGGUGACCAGUGCUUGGCUCAAGUUAACGGUUCUUGGUACAGGUCUCGCAUAGUGUCAAAAAAUGGCUCAAAAUACAGUGUAUUCCUCUUUGACAAAGGGAGAACAUAUAGCACAACCACAACUCAGCUGGCAUGGGGCAAGAAGGACCACUUCCACCUGCCACCCGAAGUGGAAUUUUGUGUCCUAGCCAAUGUGUUACCACUCGCACCUCAGAAGAAAUGGUCCCCAGUGGCUCUUGAAUUUCUAAAAUCUCUCUCUGGGAAGUCUGUGAAAGCACAUGUGCAAGAUGUACUUGUGCCACACAGAACAUUUCUCCUGCACAUCCCUUUUAUAUCAAAACAAAUGUAUGAGAUGGGAAUUGCCAGGAAGCUGUCGCCAGAUGUCUUCCAGGACUUUGUCCUUAUGUCACUGCAGUCCCACAGUGCAGUGGAGGAGUCUCCGGAGACUCGGAUCUCCAUGGCAGCAGGUGAGCGACUGCAUAAGAACGAGCUCUUCAUGUACCCAGAGUUGUCAGCAGGAACUGUGGAGACCGUCAUAGUCACAGAAGUGACGAAUCCCCAGCGGAUGUUUUGCCAGUUGAAAGUCUUCUCACAAGAGCUGAAGAAACUCUCAGGGCAAAUUACACAGUGCUGUGAGGGCAGAACAAUCAAUUGCAUUGUAAGUCCAGAAAUGAUUGGGUUCCCGUGCGCUGCAAAAGGAAGUGACGGCAGGUGGUACCGCUCUGUUCUACAACAGGUAUGCUCAAACAACAAAGUGGUGGAAGUGUUAAAUGUAGACUAUGGAACAAAACAGUUUGUUCAAAUAGGGAAUGUAAGACCACUGGCUUCAGAGUUCUUCAGGAUGCCUGUUGUGACUUACAUCUGUUCCUUCCAUGGAAUCAUUGACAAAGGGGUUGGAUGGACAACAAGCGAGAUUGACUAUCUCAAGACCCUUCUUCUGCACAAGACAGUGAUUGCCAAAUUUGAGUACCAAAGCAUCUCUGAGGGUGUUCACUAUGUCACGCUCUAUGGCGAUGACAACACAAGCAUUAACAACUUGUUUGGUUCCAGGGAGAGCUGUUUUCUGGAGAGUGAAAAAACACUUGGAGAUUAUGCCAUCUGCAACACUGCAUCCAGUUGCAAGCAACCUGCUCAACAAGAACGCAAUCCAAGGAAGAUGUUAACUCAUGCACAGACUGUAGAGGGAACAGAAAGGAAAGACAUAGUGAGGUUGCCAACUGAACACCUUGCUCUCAAUUCCUCACAUGUGGCAGCAGUUCAGCACAUAUCUGACCCUUCAGAGUUUUGGAUCCAAACACAGACCUAUGCUAAUAAGUUUGAUGAACUGAUGGAUAGUAUCUAUCAUCUGUACAAAGUCUCGUUGAAUAAUGAUGUGGUGAGAAAUCCAACAGUUGGCAUCUACUGUGCUGCUAAAGCAGGAGAUGGUGAGUUCUACAGAGCAACUGUGGCUGAGGCUAGCGAGACACAAGUCAAGGUGUUCUUUGUUGAUUAUGGAAAUACCGAAGUGGUAGAUAAGAGUAACAUCAGGACCCUUCCUGACGAGUUCAAAAAGCUGCCAUGUCUUUCACUGAAAUGCUCCCUGGCUGGUGUCCGGCCAAAAGAUGGAAAAUGGAGUCUAAGCGCGCAAGAUCUUUUCAUCAAAGCGGUUAAAGAUAAAGAUCUAACUGUACACGUGACCGCAAAAUAUGAAGAAGGUUAUGUUGUCCAACUAACAGAUCCUGAAGCACAGGAAGAAAGAGAUCUCGGCACACUUAUGUGUAGUUCUGGCUAUGCUGAAAGAGCUGAGACGCAGGGACAACUCAAAACUAAAAUGACUAUGCAACCUGCUAUUCUGCCACAACUCCCAGAUGCCAGGCUCUCUGGUGUAUACAGCAACAAAGGAAUGUCUUUCCAGACGACCGUAAACACAGUGGGCACUGUUGGUAAGGAAAAACAAAUUCCUACAUUCAAGGAACACAUGUUUCCCAUUGGAAGUGUCAUUGAUGUCAGCGUGUCCUACAUUGAAAGCCCAAAUGACUUUUGGUGCCAACAAGUUAAAAAUACAGGACACUUAAAAUUGCUCAUGCAUGACAUACAGGCUCAGUAUGCUGGCAGUGAGUUCCAACCAAAUGUGGAAAUGGCGUGUAUCGCUCGCCACCCUGAUAACCAAUUGUGGUACAGGGCCCUUGUAAUUUACAAACGUGAAAUGCCACAUGUAGAUGUGUUGUUUGUUGACUAUGGCCAGACGGAGACAGUGUCCCUCUAUGACCUGAGGAGGAUCAGCCCACAAUUCCUUGCUCUGCAGGGCCAAGCUUUUCGAUGCAGUCUGUUAAAUCCUGUUGACCCCACGUCUGCUGUAAAUGAGUGGAAUAGAGAAGCGAUUGAAACGUUCCACAGCUUUGUGGAAACGGCGGCUUCUUCCAGCUUUGUGAUUUUGAAGUGCACCAUAUAUGCUGUCAUGUACAGUGAGCAGAAGAUCGUUUUCAACAUUGUGGAUCUAGAAACUCCCUUUGAGAGUGUCUGCACCAGUAUGGUCAAUCUGGUCAAAAGUGCACCUCCCAAGAUAGCUGCUGGGCCAUCUUUCCGUCUGGACACAUACUACUACUCAAUGCACAAUGUCAAAACUGGAACAGAGGAACAGGUCACAGUGACAUGUGUGAACAAUGUCCAUGAGUUCUAUUGCCACCUCGAGAAAAACGCUGAUGUGAUAAAAGAUCUCAAGAUUAAAGUAAAAAAUCUCUGUCAUCAGCUUCGGAACGUAAAGCUCCCAACUGUCUUUGGAACUUUGUGCUUUGCGAAAUACACCAAUGGGCAUUGGUACAGGGGACAGAUCAAGGCUACAAAGCCAGCGAUUCUGGUUCACUUUGUGGAUUAUGGUGACACUAUUGAAGUGGAAAAGUCUGACUUGCUUCCAAUUCCCAGAGAGGCUAGUGACAUCAUGUCUGUGCCUGUACAAGCAGUUCAGUGUAGUCUCUCUGAUGUCCCUGCCAACGUUCCCACUGAGAUGAACCACUGGUUUGAGACAAGCGCAAUAGACUGUAAAUUCCAAGCACUGGUAGUGGCGCGGGAACCGGAUGGGAAACUGCAGGUUGAACUGUAUCAUGGAAACACUCAGGUCAAUUCGAAGAUCAAGAAGAUGUUUCAGACUGAGAAGCACACAGAAGAGAAUGUUGUCCACCAGAGUCAGAGAGCACUCGAGGCUUCAGCAAAUAAUUUACGAAAGACUCCAAAGGUUGUCCCAAAACAAGCUGCAGAAAUGCAGAAUGACGAUAUGAAUCUGCAGUGUGCAUCAAAGCCUUUGGACUAUGUUUGUGACAAUGGCCGAAAGAUUAGAGCUGCUCCGUUUGAGUUCUACAUCCCUCCACACAAAAGACAGUCAUGUAGAAUGUCACCAAGUAGCACAGGAAAUGGCUCUGAGCCGGCAGGUGCCCAUAUCAAACCAAGAAAAGAAAGUCUUCCCACAGAAACUAAACCGCUCAUGGAGUCCAAAUCUCCUGGCACUGAAUUUCAGAUGGAAGGCGUUGUGGAAAAAUUCCCUGAACUUGCCGGUCUACCGCCAAGCUCCAUCACAUCAGAUAUGGAAGCAGAUGUUUAUGUCUCGCACUGCAAUAGCCCUUUGAGUUUCUAUGUGCAACUUGUCAGAGAGGAGGAUGCCAUAUUCUCCCUUGUGGAAAAGCUAAAUGAUCCCCAAUCCACCCCCCAAACCAACAUCGUCAAAGAAGUGCAUCCAGGUGAUCUCGUUCAAGCAGAGUUCGCAGAUGAUUCCUCGUGGUACCGAGCAGUUGUAAGAGAGAUCCAAGGCAAAACAAUGGCUCUUGUUGAAUUUAUUGAUUUCGGAAACACUGCAAUGAUGCCAAUUUCCAAGAUUGGAAUACUCCAGAAGUCCUUCUUGCAGCUUCCCAGCUACUGCACACACUGUAUGCUGAAUGAGGCUGCUGGUCUUGGAAAAGAGGAAGUGCUUGACCCAGAAUUGGUGUCAGCGUUCAAAGAAGACAUGGGUGGUAAUGGAGAAAAGGUGCUAAAGUGCCACUUCGUCAGGCAGUCAGGAUCUGUGUGGGAAGUCAGACUUAAAGACAAUGGUGUGAAUGUGAUGUGUAAAGUCCCUCCUAUUUGCCCAACCGAUGGUUCUGAAAUUAUCUCUGAGGAAUCUGAACAAGUCAAGGAACAGCCUGCACAGAUCUGGCAGAACGUGCCAGAGAACUCAGAGAAAUCACCACUGAACUUCUCGUUAUGUUACCACCAAGAAGAGUUUUUAGAGGGACAGAAGUUGGAGGUCUACAUCACGGCUAUAAGUGAUGCUCAGACUUUUUGGUGUCAGCCCGCGGACUCAGAAGACCUUGAGAAGAUUACAUCAAGUGUCUCAAAAGUGUUGGAUGCCAAUUCUGCCGAUCACAUGCACAUUGACCCAGACUCCAUCUCCCUUGGCAGCCCAUGUAUUGCUCUCUUUUCAGACGAUGGUUUUUGGUAUCGUGCAGAGGUCAUCGACAGAGAUGAAGAUGCACUGUCUGUUCUCUUUGUGGACUAUGGGAACAAGAGCCAAGUCAACUUUACAGAUGUGAGGGAAAUGCCCCCGGACCUGACGCAAACUCCUCGACAGGCAUUCUUGUGUGAGCUGGAAGGCUUUGAUGCUUCACAUGGAUCCUGGCACAGCAAUGCAGUAGAUGAGUUGUCAGUGCUCACAACAGACAAAGUGUUACAGCUGACUGUCACCAGAGUAGCGAGUGAAGCAGGUAAAAUCAAAUGCCUUGUGCAAAUUGAAUGUGAAGGCCAGGUGAUAAAUGAAGCACUGAAAACCUGGUGGAGGAGCGCCUCAGCGGAAAACCAACCUGGUGCUUUUGAACUGAGCCCUCCAUGCCUAACACAAUUGCAAUGUGAAGAGCAGAGCACUGGGGAGCUUGUUGACCCCCACGCAGAUAUUUUGCCAUGUGAUGGUGGCAUGGAUGAAAUUAGGUUACCUCAACUCCAUAACAAAGGUGCCGAAGGUAUUUUGACCUUGAGCUGUGUCAAGAGUGCGGUGGAAACUGACAAAGGAGUUAAAGAGGAGAAGGCUUUUUUGGUUAUGGACAUAAUUGGGCCAGAUGACUUCAAUUCUCUAUUGGACGAGAACUCAACAGAGGCCAUGGAUGAAUCGGAGUCUCCUACCUACAGCAUGGAAAGCAGCUUUGACAUCAUAAAUUCUUCUGAUCUGACUGAGGACAGAGAUCACAGCAAGGUUAUCAUGACAAGAGAUGAUUCUCCAACCAGUACGACUACAGUGAAAAUGGUAAGCUGUGUGACUGACUCUCAAAUAGUGGACUUGAUGGAAUCCAAUUGGAUUCAGGUUGAACUGGUGCUGCCCUACUGUGUGCUUCCUGCGUUUGAUGUUCCUACAGAGCAGGAGAUUGACAUUGUAGAUGGUGUCCCAAAGAAGGAGCUGCCAUGUGUAACCACACAUGUUGAGAAUGACUUGAUGACCGCAGAGGAUAACGUGGCUCUACAUAAGGAUGGAUAUUCAGCCCUAACAACCGACUUAGAAACAGCAGCUAUUGAGACACAGACCGGCACAGCUCCUCCCCAAGAUUCGGGUGACAAGGUUGAGGAGGCGACCUGUUCUGUGGAGGAGGCGACCUGCUCUGUGGAGGAGACGACCUGCUCUGUGGAGGAGGAGACCUGCUCUGUGGAGGAGGAGACCUGCUCUGUGGAGGAGACGACCUGCUCUGUGGAGGAGGAGACCUGCUCUGUGGAGGAGACGACCUGCUCUGUGGAGGAGACGACCUGCUCUGUGGAGGAGACGACCUGCUCUUUGGAGGAGACGACCUGCUCUGUGGAGGAGACGACCUGCUCUGUGGAGGAGACGACCUGCUCUUUGGAGGAGGAGACCUGCUCUGUGGAGGAGACGACCUGCUCUGUGGAGGAGGAGACCUGCUCUGUGGAGGAGGAGACCUGCUCUGUGGAGGAGACGACCUGCUCUGUGGAGGAGGAGACCUGCUCUGUGGAGGAGACGACCUGCUCUGUGGAGGAGGAGACCUGCUCUGUGGAGGAGACGACCUGCUCUGUGGAGGAGGAGACCUGCUCUGAUGCGAACUGUUCAUUUGAGGAGGCGGAGACCUGCUCUAUGGAGGAGGCGAGCUGUUUGACAGAUGUCUCAACAGCCCCAAACGAGCCAAGUGAUGACUGGAAAAUAACCAGUGCAAGAGAUGAUCGUCUCAGCAGUACAUCAGCAGAGGUCCAACAUGAUUCACUGCGUCCUUGUAGGGGGCUUCAACAACUAUUACCUGAAGCUCCAUCAGAGCAUGAAUUGGGAGACCUUUCCCUGCAGGAUGAGGACGAGCAUAAUAAGAAUAAAGACGAGGCCUCGGCUCUUCACCAAGAUCACCUUUCAGCUCUGCUGUGCGACACUGAGCAACCAGAGUACGCAGUCCGCUGUCCACAUUUGAGUGACCUGAUUGAAGAGGUGACCUGUCUCGUCAGAGAGAACUGUGGGACAGACGUCUGCAGAGGUCUACAUCAAGAAGAUGCAAGGGAGGAGAUUGAGCAGCUGGUGCAUACAACCCCCAGUCCUAGAGAGGAUUUCAGCAAUGUCGUGCUUGAGGAAGACAUAUGUUCGUCUGCGGAUGACAGUUUUGAGGCCCGGCUGGCGAGGUUGACCCAUCUCUCUCUGGUCGUUAAUGAUGGCUCUGCUGAGGUUCUGCUGGUCAAGCAGCAGCCAGAGGAGUAAACCGCCUUCUGUUUUCUUCAUUUGCCUUUUAUCAGACAAAUAUAGCAACUGCAUGUGCUUUAAGUUCCAACAUGUUCAAGUUCUUUUCUUUCUGCUCAUCUUUAUCCUUUAUUGGAAACCAACCCUGUGGUUUGAAGGGCCUUUAUACAGUAAUGGCUUUAAUAGCAGUUUGUUGUGUUUUUGUUUAAAAAAAGAAGAGAUUUUUCAAGUGUUUUUUUGUGUUUUGUGUGGAUACAUGCAUGCGUUAAAGAUAUAUUUGUGUUGGCAAAAUAAAUAUCUGUACAGAUCUAUGGGGUCCUGGUUUUCUUUGGUACUGCUCG